AAAUAUUCCCGCGGUUUCCGAUGUUAUUUGCUUUUAUAAUAAAUCCCAUUGUCCCACCUCCUUCUAGGAAGCACCUGUGUGUCCGUGUUUAGUGUCCAGGUGUGGAGUGGAGCUUGUUGUUGGUGUGUGACGAAAGUACUGACUGAAGUCCACAUGAAGAUGAUGAUGGAGGAAGAGGAGGACAGAACAGAGUCUGCAGGAUCCAGCUGUCCGUCUGUGACGAGUGACCGGUCCAAAAAUCGACCUCCACUCUUCAGUGGUGAACCUGGACCAAUGAGAGGUCAGAGGUCACUGUCUCUAGUGUCAAGCUAUCUGUCUGUGAGGAGUGACCGGUCCAAACAUCUCCCUCCAGACUUCAGUAAUGAAACUGGACCAAAGAGAGAGAGGAAGAGGAAGAGGAGUGGUGUUUGUGAGGAGGAGCAGCUGUCCUGCUGUGCUUUGUGUCAGGACAUCCUGAAGGAUAAAGUCUCUACCAGCUGUGGACACUGGGUCUGCAGACAGUGCUUCUGCUCAUACUGGGACCAGUCUGCUUCAUCAGGAGACUCCUCAUGUCCCCGGUGUGGAGAAAGAUCCAGAACCAGAGCUGGACUGCAGACAGCCAGUCAGAGCAGCUGUGUACAAACAGAUGUCGGUCUGCAGGAGGUUUUAGAUGAACAUAAGAUCAGUCUGAGGAGGAGAUGUGAACGUGUGACUGAAGGAAGUGAUGAAACAGGAAGUAGAACCCUCCUCAACACCAUCUACACUGAGCUCUACAUCACAGAGGGACAGAGUGAAGAGGUUCAUACCCAACAUGAGGUGAGGCAGCUGGAGACAGCUUCCAAGAUGGACCCCCUCCAUGAGGCUCCAAUCAGGUGCCAGGACAUCUUUAAAGCCUUUAAAAACCAACAGAGACCCAUCAGAGUGGUUCUGACCAACGGCGUGGCUGGUGUUGGAAAAACCUUCUCAGUGCAGAAGUUCACUCUGGACUGGGCAGAGGGCUUGGAGAACCAACAUGUCAGUGUGGUGGUUCUGCUUUCAUUCAGGGAGCUGAACCUGAUCAGAGAUGAGCAGUACAGUCUUCUGGAGCUGCUCCAUGUUUUCCAUCCAACAUUACAGAAGGUCACAGCAGAGAAGCUGGCUGUCUCUCAGCUUUUGUUCAUCUUUGACGGCCUGGAUGAAAGCAGACUUUCAUUGGAUUUCACCAACAGGAAGCUGCUGUCUGAUGUCACACAGAAGUCAUCAGUCAGCCAGCUGCUGACAAACCUCAUCCAGGGGAAUCUGCUUCCCUCGGCUCUCGUCUGGAUAACUUCCCGACCUGCAGCAGCCAAUCAGAUCCCUCCUACAUGUGUUGACAGGUUAACAGAAGUACGAGGCUUCAGUGACGCCCAGAAGGAGGAGUACUUCAGGAGGAGAUUCAGUGAUGAAGAGCUGUCCAGCAGAAUCAUCUCCCACAUGAAGACAUCCAGGAGCCUCCACAUCAUGUGUAGUAUCCCAGUCUUCUGCUGGAUCACUGCUACAGUUCUGGAGCACAUGUUGACUACAGAGCAGAGAGGAGAGCUGCCAAAGACCCUGACUGACAUGUACUCACACUUCCUGCUGGUUCAGACAAAGAGGAAGAAGAACAAGUACCAUGAGGGACAUGAGACGAGUCCACAGGAGCUGACGGAGGCUGACAGGGAAGUUCUUCUGAAGCUGGGGAGGCUGGCGUUUGAACAUCUGGAGAAAGGAAACAUCAUGUUCUACCAAGAAGACCUGCAGCAGUGUGGUCUGGAUGUGACAGAGGCCUCGGUGUACUCAGGAGUUUGUACAGAGAUCUUCAAAAGAGAGUGUGUGAUCUUCCAGAAACCAGUCUACUGCUUUGUUCAUCUGAGCAUUCAGGAGUUUCUGGCUGCAGUCUACAUGUUCCACUGUUUCACCAGCAGGAAGUCAGAGGUGCUGAAGACGUUCCUGGGGAACGAUUAUAAUGAGUCAUCUCUGAAUGUUUUCCUGAGCAGAGUCGUGCAGAAAUCCGUCCAGAGUAAAAAUGGCCACCUGGACUUGUUUGUUCGCUUCCUUCAUGGCCUCUGUCUGGAGUCCAACCAGAGACUCUUAGGAGGUCUGCUGGGUCAGACAGAGAACAGUCCAGAAACCAUCCAGAGAGUCAUCAAUAACCUGAAGAAGAUAAACAGUCAUAACAUCUCUCCUGACAGAAGCAUCAACAUCUUCCACUGUCUGAUGGAGAUGAACGACCUCUCAGUACGUCAGGAGAUCCAAGAGUUCCUGAAGUCAGAGAACAGAUCAGAGAAGAAACUCUCUGAGAUCCACUGCUCAGCUCUGGCCUUCAUGCUGCAGAUGUCAGAGGAGGUUCUGGAUGAGUUGGACCUGAAGAAGUACAACACAUCAUGGCAGGGACGACUGAGACUGAUUCCAGCUGUGAGGAACUGCAGAAAGGCUCGACUGACUCAGUGUGGACUCUCAGAGACUCACUGUGAAGUUGUGGCCUCAGCUCUGAAGUCCAACCCCUCCCAUCUGACAAAGCUGGACAUGAGUGGAAACAAGCUGCAGGAUUCAGCAGUGAAGCUUCUGUGUGCUGGACUGGAGAGUCCAAACUGUCGACUGAAGACUCUGAGAAGUGACAGACUUGAGCAGGGUUCAUUUAAAGGCUGACAGAAGUGGAGUGGUGACGGGGAGAUGUUUGACAGGACAGUGUUUCAGCCUCCACAGCUUCAUGUUGUGCUCCAUCAGUGAGUGAAGAGGAAGUACUGAUGAGGCUGCAGAGUGUGUGAGGGAUGUGAAAGAGGCUGUUGAAGAGCUGAUGAUAGCAGAUAAAAACAGGCUGCAGAGACUUUGAGCUUGUGUGGAAACAGAGAGCGAGACAAGAAAAGCAUGAAUGUCAAAGCUAACAAAGGUGAAGUUAGGAGCUGUGAUGAUGUUCAUGUAUCAGAAGCUUAUAUGGCUUCUACAGAGACGACCCACACAGCUGCUGUGGUGAGGUGUGUGUUAAAGCAGAGGAACACAGAGCAGCCUAACACAGGCCUCCAGAUUAGCCAG